UCUCUCUCUCUCUCUCUCUCACACACACACACACACACACACUGGCACAUUCCGUCUCUCUGUCCUCCUCCGCACGCUGCAUGAAUACCGAACUCUGGACCUAAUGGAUCAAUGAACACAGAAGACCUGGACUAUCGUUGACGGACGGACAACUCAGUUCGAGGUUUACGGGAUUUCUGAGGCACUGGAUAUCCAUCGCACAAUGAGAACUCCUCUGGUUUUAUUAGCAUGGCUUUACCUGUGGGAGGAAGCUAAGGCCAUGCUAAAGACUACAGGAGACCUGAAUAGAGAACUAUUGAGAGCAGAUGGACCGCCUGGGACGCUCAGGCGAUUUAAAAGAGGGUGGAUGUGGAAUCAGUUCUUCCUCUUGGAGGAGUAUACAGGAAAUGAUGACCAGUAUGUGGGAAAGCUGCACUCGGAUAAAGACCGAGAGGAUGGCAAGGUGAAGUACGUCCUCUCCGGGGAAGGCGCUGGAACCAUUUUCGUCAUCAACGAGAAUUCGGGCGAUCUCCACGCCACCAGGAGGCUGGACCGCGAGGAGAAAGCGUCAUACACACUGAGCGCCAAGGCGGUGGAUAAAGCUACGGGUCGUGACCUCGAGGGUCUGUCAACGUUCAUCAUCAAAAUACACGACAUCAACGACAACGAGCCCAAGUUCACCCGGGACCCUUACAUGGCCUCGGUGCAGGAAAUGGCUGACGUCGGUACGUUCGUUGUCCAGGUAACGGCGACCGAUGCGGACGACGUCAUGUACGGAAACAGCGCCAAGGUCGUUUACAGCAUUCUGCAGGGUCAGCCAUACUUCUCCAUAGAGCCCGAGACAGGGAUCAUCAGGACGGCUCUGCCCAACAUGAAGCGUGAAAUCCGAGAACAUUACCAGGUGGUCAUUCAAGCCAAAGACAUGAUGGGACAGCUGGGCGGCUUGACCGGAACCACCACGGUCAAUAUCACACUGAUCGACGUGAACAACAACCCACCCCGGUUCACCCAUGGCGUGUAUCACUUCAGCAUUCCCGAGUUAGCCGAGGUGGGUAGUGAACUGGGCGUGGUCAAGGCUACGGAUGCAGACACGGGCAAGAAUGCUGAGAUGACCUACAGAAUCACAGACGAGCAGGACACCUUUCGGAUCAGCACCGACCCCACAACGCAGGAAGGAGUGCUCAUUCUGAAGAAGCCCCUGGAUUAUGAAAGGAGAGCAUCGUACACACUCAUGCUGCAGGUGGAAAACGUGUACCUGGACCCUCGGUUUCACACGUCCGUGGACACCGCCACGGUCAAGAUCUCUGUGGAGGACGUUAACGAGCCGCCGGUCUUUAAGCGUCCUGCUUACGUGAUAGAGGUCAAAGAAGACGCCUCGAUCGGGACGGUUAUCGGUGCCGUUAGCGCCGUGGACCCAGACGCUAACCGCAAACCUGUCAAGUACAUGAUCGACUGGCACACGGAUAUGGAUCACGUGUUUAACAUCCAUCCCAAUAACGGCUCGCUCUUUAUCUCACGCUCUCUGGACCGAGAGGAGAAACCCUGGCACAACAUCUCAGUGCAGGCUGCAGAACACAAUGGUCUGAUCACUCACGUUCCCGUCUACAUCAAAGUCCUGGAUGUCAACGACAAUGCGCCGACCUUCGACGCGCCGUACGAACCUUUUGUCUGCGAAGACGCCGGAGUGGGUCAGGCGGUCCAAACCGUGAGCGCGUCGGACGCCGACCAGCCAAACGGGGGCCAUCGGUUUUUCUUCCGUUUAGCGCCAGAGCCUUUCGGAAAGUUCAACUUCUCCGUCCGAGACAACAAAGGUGACUUACAGCGAAAGGAUAACACGGCUACGAUACUGACCCUGCGCAGCGGCUACAGUCGCAUAGAGAGGAGUUUAUACCUGGUUCCCGUGGUGAUCGCGGACGGGGACGUCCCUGCACAGAGCAGCACCAACACGCUGACGAUACGCGUGUGCUUGUGCGACCAGGACAGAAACAAGAGGACGUGCGAAGCAGAGGCAUUUGUGAUUAACGCCGGACUUAGCACAGGAGCGCUAGUCGCGAUUCUUCUCUGUAUAGUUAUUUUGCUAAUGAUCGUCGUCCUAUUCACGGCUCUAAAGGGGCACCGGGAGAAGCUCGACCCGCUGAUCGUCUCCAAAGAGGAUGUGAGGGACAACGUGGUGAGCUACGACGACGAAGGCGGAGGCGAAGAAGACACCCAGGCUUUCGACAUCGGGACUUUGCGGAAAGCCGAAUCGCUCGACGAUACCAAGCAGCGCAGGGACAUCGCUCCGGAGAUCCUGCGCCGCCCUGCGCCUAAAAUCCACAACCAGAAGUCGGAACCUGACAUCCGCGACUUCAUCUCUCUGAGGCUCUCCGAGAACGAUUUGGACCCGGCGGCGCCGCCGUACGAUUCUCUGGCAACGUACGCGUACGAAGGAAACGGUUCCGCUGCCGAGAGCCUCAGCUCCCUGGAGUCAGUCAGCAGCGACGCCUGGAGCGAUUACGAGUUCCUGACUGAGCUGGGGCCGAGAUUUAAGAGGCUCGCGGACAUGUACGGAGGAGAUGACAGCGAGUCGUAAAAAAAAAAAAAAAAAACCGAAAGCGGGACACGGAUUUGAUCGAUCAGUUUGUGGAAAUUUGUGCAAUUUUAGAAAGCGUCAGAAUUUGAAAUCCGACAUGGAGUUUACUAGAGAUGACUGACGGAUUUCUUUUGCGAUAUACUCUAACUAUAUAACUAACUGUAACAGAAAUGUACAGAAAGUCCAAUAACAUCCGUCCCGCCGGAAUAAAGGACGCUGAAGACCAGAGGGUUGCUGAGAGACUUGCUGAGGCGUUGAUGCUGGUGGGAUUUUGAUCUCCAGUUUUGAACGAACUUUAAGCCAAAUAUUUUACAAUAAAAGUGUCUAACAGCAUUAAUGAAAGAUCUCUGCGAGAGUAUGACCGGACUUUCAGGUAGCGGGUCUAAGAACUGAUCAUAGGAGGACGUUGGAAGCUAGAGUGAAGGCUAACAAGACCAGGAAGUGAUGACCAAAUAAGGAAAGUGGGAAACAACCUAAACAGGAAACUAUAACCAAAUACUUUUUUUUACAAGAUUUGGGUCGAUGCGUCAGUGAGUCAAUUAGCGGAGUCAAUUAAAAAAAAAUCGGCCUGGUGAGUCAUUCUACUGGCGAGUCAGCCUUGUUCAAUGAAUCAGAAUGUAAAGUGAGUAAUGAAUCAUCUGUGAUAAAUUUGACGGACGGUAAUUGAGUCAGUCUGUGAUUUUCAGUCAACGAGUCAAAUGGCGAGUCAGUGUGUUUCUCAGUGAACGAAAUUAAACAGGUUUCACGAGUCA